AAGACAGUAGUACCGUGAUCCGCGCGUGGAGACCAUGGCGUUCCUGAGCAGUAUGUGACGGGGAUAACGGGGAAAUAUAACUCCGACAGCGGGUUAUUCUCACGCUAUUCAGAGGAGAGGAUUGGAUUUAAAUAAAGAAUAAAAUGGGCUCUCGUAUCAAGGAGAGCCCUGGGUCAGCCUUUGAGGUGUACAUGGAGGUGGUGCAUUCUGGGACGGCUGGCUCUGGACUAGAGGUGCGCAGAAGUUUCCCCGACACAUACACUGAACAGGAAACGCUACAGACUAUCCCAAAGUUUUGUUUCCCUUUUAAUAUGGACAGUAUGGCCGUAGGUCAGGUGGGGCAGAACUUCACGUUUGUUCUAACAGAUAUCGACAGUAAACAGCGGUUUGGUUUCUGCCGCCUCUCAUCAGGAGCUCACAGUUGCCACUGCAUUCUCAGCUACUUGCCGUGGUUUGAGGUGUUUUACAAGCUGUUGAAUAUCCUGGCAGACUACACAACCAAAGGACAGGACAUUCAGUGGAGGGAGUUGUUAGAGUCUCUACAUGUGUUAAACAUCCCUGAUCCUGGAGUGCCUGUGCAUUUGAGUGUGCAUUUGUUUUUCACAGUGCCUGAUCCAAGAGAAUUACCCAGUAUACCUGAAAAUAGAAAUCUGACAGAGUAUUUCGUAGCAGUGGAUGUGAAUAACAUGCUACAUCUGUACGCUAGCAUGCUGUACGAAAGACGAAUCCUCAUCAGCUGCAGCAAACUGAGCACUUUAACUGCAUGUGUUCAUGGCGCAGCAGCCAUGUUGUAUCCCAUGUACUGGCAGCAUGUUUACAUUCCAGUCCUGCCACAGCACUUAUUAGACUAUUGCUGCGCUCCAAUGCCGUACCUCAUCGGAGUGCAUUCCAGUCUAAUGGAGAAGGUGCGAGGUAUGGCUUUAGAUGAUGUGGUUCUUCUCAAUGUAGACACAAACACUCUUGAAACGCCGUUUGAUGACCUGCAAAGCCUUCCUAAUGAUGUGGUUUCAUCUUUAAAGAACCGCCUAAGAAAAGUGUCUUCAUCAACUGGAGAUGGAGUGGCUCGAGCGUUUCUGAAGGCACAGGCGGCUUUGUUUGGGAGUUACAGAAACGCGCUACACAUCGAACCGGAGGAGCCAAUCACGUUCAGUGAGGAAACCUUCAUCACACACCGGUCCAGCACAAUGAGACAGUUUCUGCAGAACGCUAUCCAGCUACAGUUCUUCAAACAGUUUAUAGAUGGUCGUCUGGAGCUGCUGAACUCUGGUGAAGGGUUCAGUGAUCAGUUUGAGGAGGAGAUCAACAUGGGAGAAUAUGCUGGCAGUGAUAAAACGUAUCAUCAGUGGCUUUUCACAGUGAAGAAAGGCAGCGGCGCAAUUCUGAACACAGUGAAGACAAAGGCAAAUCCUGCAAUGAAGACAGUUUACAAAUUUGCCAAAGACCAUGCCAAGAUGGGCAUCAAAGAAGUCAAGAGUCGACUCAAACAAAAGGAGCUUACAGAGAACGGCUACUCAGAAGAGCCCGGGCCCACUCAGCUUCCCUCCACACAGAGCAAAGACUCCCUCACCUGGGACCAGAGGCGGCCAAUCACAGUUCACUUUGGGCAGAAUGAGCGGUCACCCUCUCCACGGCCCAUGCGGCCACAGCGCCCUCCUCCACCCCAUCCCUCCAAACUACAGCGCAGCAUACGACCAGCUCGACCUCCUCGGCCAUUGGUGGCAAAGAGACCUCGCAGUAACAUUGGUGUAGAAGGAAGCCCUGAACAUUACGUGCGUCCAACCCGUCACUAUACAGUGUUUCUGUGCGAGGACUCCUCGGGUGAUGAGCUGUCUCAGGAUGACGACUCCAUUGCUGCUUUUCCUGAACACUUCCUGCUUUCUGCUCCUUUUGAAUGGCCUCAGCCAUACAGGUCUCUGAAAGAGGCAGAGCUUGUGGAAGAAGGUGUGGAGGUUGGGGAGCGAUACCAAGGUAACACUGCUCCAUCCAGUCCUGUGCUAGACAAAUUCUCUGACCUGAGCCUGUUGCAGGAUGCCUUCCGUAAUCAACAGGGGAAACCAGAAUGUCCAGAAAUCACAAAUACCACAAAACCCACUCACAGCACACACUCCAUCCUCACAUCUGCAAGAAGUUUGGAGGAGCUUCGAGCAGACCCACAAAAUGUCAACUUCAACUACCAGCGGAUGGAACUAAAUGCUGGUGAGCGCACACGCACACUUCCCGUGCUUAAAACCACCAACCCAUACAGCAAGCUCUGGAGUCAAAGGGAAGACCCAUCCACCUUGCUUGGCCGGGAGUCACCAUCCUGGGAGAGACCUCUUUCCGUUCCACCCUUAGAACCUUCUGAUGUGCGCCCACCCAGCAAGGAGAGUUCAAAUUCCUGUGCAGAGAAGACGGAAGGGGCUUGCAUUACAAUCCCUCGUCCCCAAGGUCGGAAAACACCAGAACCAGGUGCAGUGCUGGCUCCAGCGGUGACCCUGCUGCGCGGGGUUAGGCAGGCCUGUGACAAGGAAGGAGGAGUGUCUGCUGGAGGGCAGGAGUUUCGGCAGGCAUUAAAUAUGUCUCCUCAAGCACAAACUCAGGUGGACCUGUUGAAGACCAAUGAGCCAAACGAGGGACAGGAGCAGGACUUACUUAGCUUGUUGGAUCCGUUGUGUGGAGCAACAAAGGAUGAGGCCACACCAUCCCUUUCUAAACCUCCUGUACCUCCUAGACCGAACCCCCCAAACCUUGCCAACUUUCCCCCUCCAGUGUCUAUGAACCCUUUUACCCAACCACCGCAGUACCCACCUCAAAGGCACUAUAGUCCUGUCGUCCCAGGUAACCCUUUCACCCCAGCCUUCAUGAAUCCCCCAGGUGCCAACUACUUCCCCGCCUCAGGCAGUCCAUACGCAGUAUUUAAUCAGGCAUCCACUGUGGGUGUGACCCCAACUGGAGGGGCGUGGCCCAUUGGACGUGUUCUUCCAACCUCCAGCAGUAGUGGAUCUCUUUCAACCCUCUUAGACUCAUCUUCUCCGGCUACUUUGUCACAGCCUGUGCAAGUCUCCACAGAUGCACCCAGUGACCCAUUCAGUGACCUUCUUACCAUGGCAACUACACCAACAAUAAUGGCCACGCCCCCCAAAAAGAAGGUGGAGGACUUGCGGAGAAGGUGGGAAACUUUCGACUAGCUCUACCCACAAUUUUCCUCUACUGCUGCUACCAACCAGUGAGGGAGUACACAUUUAUAGCCAGUGGGUAUUUAAGACUGCGCCCCCUAGGGGCCUGAAAGCACUGUUGGACAUUUCCCCCUCCCCAGAGUGUGUUGUGCUUUUUUUUGCGCCUAGCUCACACACUUAGCCUUAUGCACACUGAUGCUAUUGAAGCAUUUCCCAUAACAACAGGAUGAACCAUGUUGCUCCAAAAGUUUUACACUGAAACACUAUAUUAGUAAGAUAACACUGUAUUUUCUGUAGCUAGCAGCGUAGUUCCCAAAGGAAUCAGACUACAGUACUAAAGAUACCAUAGAGUAAUGUCCCAAAUUCUACCAUUAGCAAUUAGACUGACAUUAUUGCCAUUAUGGCGGUACUUGCACAUCAUUUCAGUGCUGUUUUAAUUAGCUUGCUUUUUUUUAACCCUAGGCUCAUUAAUUCAAACCAUUGUACUCUUACAUUCACAUUCUUGUACAAACCAUUGUUAAAUUGGCAUUCAUAAUGCACUCGAAUACAUUUAUUGCGCAGACUACAUAUUCCACUCUAAAAUACACAUUACAUACGACAAGUAGGGAUUGUGAUAUCUGGUGUGUACUUCAUAUUUGCACUACAUAACUUAUGACCUACUACAAUGCAUACUGGACUACAUGUUCCCUAGUUCAAGCUAUAUAUACUACUCGCUAUAUACUACAGAAUGUUAGCGCUCAGAACGGGUCAAAGUAACCUGCCCUGUAGCAGAACAAAACACUGCCCCCUUGAGGUCUGGAUUGAGAUAUUUUCCGACAAAAAAUUUAAGUAAACUGGUCAAGAGUGUGUUUAGGGGGUUUUAAUUUAAAAACGUGUUAAACGCCCUCACUGGUCCCAGCUUUACCUCUGGUUUUACUUGCCUAUGUGUCAGUCUGAAAGUAUUCGAUUUGGUCUUCUGGAACAGGGUUCACAGUAGUUUAGUUGAAAUGCUUAUCGUCCACUUGCUUUGAUUAGACUUGUAUUUUGAAAUCUCCUUUUAUUCCGUGCAUCACAUGAUAGACUUACAGCUUUCAUAAAGCGACGGCAUCUUUCUUUUUAGCACUACCAUUUUCCAUCGACUCUGCUACUGCCAUGCACUCUGCAUUAUGGCUUUUUAUUCUAAUAGAGCUGUUUUGUGCUUUUUAAACAUACAUACUGCUAUAAAGUGUUAAAGUGAAUCCUAACAGCUAACGGCUGGUAUUCUUGGCAUAGACUGUGCCUGUUUAUUGGGAUUAGUUCAGCACUAUACACAACUGGUGUUGCAGGAUCUUUGCUUGAUGCCAUUUUCUUUGCUAUAUUUCUGUCCGAGACUUGCAAGUAGAAGAACACUGUUUGUGCAGAUCUUGACAUGGAAAUGAAUUGUGUACAACCAAACACUCAAAUCCAAAAGAAACAUGUUUUUUUUGUUGUCCAUGUCAGGGAGCAUCAGGGAGUGAAUUGGUGUCUCUACUCUGGUUUAUUGUCGUAUUUAAAGAUGAAAUAAUGUUAUUUGUGUUAUUAAAGUGUUCUUGAACAUAUGUAUACCCCGUAGAGCUGUUAGAAAGAUGACAUUUCCUAUUAGUUUUUCCGUUUAGAUCACCUUUCAAAAUGGGCCUUAAAUGAGUGUGUGUGUGUGUGUGUGUGUGUGUGUGUGUGUGUGUGUGUGUGUGUGUGUGUGUGUGUGUGUGUGUGUCAGUUGGUUUUGUAUUUCUAGUCUUACAGCAUGGGUUGUUAUGAUGUUUUGGUUACAUUUUUGUCUUAACGUUCAAACCGAUUUCUGCAUUUUUGACAUGGGCUGUUAGGUUGGUACAGCAGUCACUUUCUUGGUCAAUAAUUCAUACUGAAAUUUUAAUAAGAAAACAGAAGCUACUACACUAGCGCAAAAUGUCCGCUAACGUUUAGGUUGGAUAAACACAAAGCUUCAAAUGUUUCACACAAGUAUAUCAAGUUCUACUUCAAAAACGACAAAGGUAGACUUGGAAGGGUCCUGUAAAGGGUAAUAUUGAAAUUAAUCUGUGAAAAGUAUCUUUAUAAUUCUGACUGCAUUGGAAAAAGUGUUGUUUUUUUUUGUUUUAAAAGUGUCAGAUGAACCGAAGCUGUGAUAUUGCCCUUGGCAAACAUGAUACCACUCAACGUUGGAUCAAAAUAUGGACAACCCCAACUGUUGGGUAUAAAAUAUAUAAGUUAAAUAAGUUAAGAAUAUAUGUUAAAUAAAUUUUUUUUUUUUUAAAUAUAACCCAGCAGUUGGGGUUGUCCAUAAUUGACCCAACAUUUGGUUAAUACAGCCCAGCGUUGUUUAAAGCAGUGUUUCCCUAACCCUGUCCUUAAAGGCACACUGACAGUACAUAUUUUGGAUGGCUCCCUUAUCUGACCCAUUAACUGCAUGUUUGAUUAGGGAGAGGUUAAAACAUGUACUGUUGGUGUGCCUUCAGGAACAGGGUUGGUUUAAAGCAAAGGUUGUUCAGUGUAAAGUACAUGACAUGUAUGGGUUGAACAAGCUUUGAAAGUAUUGCUAGCAUGGAUUCAACAAACAUUAUAGAAUCUGCUGUGUUUUGACCACAUGCUUUCGGAUUUGGUUUCGUCAGUUGGAAUAGUAAGCAAGGUGGUGGUAUUAUCAAAAUGAUUUUUUUUUUUUUUGUAUGUGUAAAAAUACAAAUUUCUCUUUGAAUGUAUCCUAAUGUGAACUCAUAUCCUGUUUAUUAUCAUCUUGCACUUUCUGAUUUUUAUUUGGAGGUUAUUAUUUGUGUUUGCCAUAAUUAAAAAGCACAGUAUAUUCCUGUGAAAGUGGUGAGCUGGAAA